AUAUUUCGCGCAAUAUUUCAGUCGCCUUUGCAGCUUUGACCGGAGCGGACCUAUGCUGGAUCUUCUCUUCACUUCCUCUUCUUUUGUGCAUCAAAAUUAUCUGAAAAAGCCAAAUUAUCCCCAACAGCAAUCAGCUUUUGUCCUGAGAAACUCAGUUCUUUUAUUGUGGUCCCUGUUUUAUUCGAAAUAACUAAAAUCUUCAAUAUGUUUGAGGCAAAAAUGUUGCAGAGCUCUGUGCUCAAAAAGAUCAUCGAGUCCCUGAAGGAUUUGUUCGCAGAUGCCAACUUCGACUGCUCAUCAUCAGGAAUCACAUUGCAAGACAUGGACUCCAGUCACGUCGCCUUGUGCUACCUGAAACUCAGAAGUGACGAGGAAGGUUUUGAAGAUUACAGAUGUGACAGAAACAUCACACUGGGUGUUAACCUUGGGCUCAUGUCCAAAAUUCUGAAGUGUGCUGGAAACGAUGACGUGGUCACAUUGAGGGCAGAAGACGAGCCGAACAUCUUGACCUUCAUCUUCGAUUCGAAAAACAGCGAGAGAGUUUCAAAGUACGACAUCAAACUUAUGGAGAUUGACUCGGAGCUUCUUGGAAUUCCAGACACGGACUACAGUUGCGUCGUCAAAAUGCCGUCACACGAAUUCCAGAGGAUUUGCAGUAACCUGAGCCAACUAGGGGACUCGGUCACCAUCGAUUGCCACAAGGAGGGUGUCGACUUCAAAGUCGCUGGCGAGCAGGGUUCAGGAGCGAUAAAGCUGAAGCAAACCACAUCGGUCGACAAGGAAGAAGACCAGGUAACUGUUCAACUGAACGAGCCUGUCACCCAGAGCUUUGCUUUGAAGUUCCUGUGUGCUUUCACCAAGGCUACAUCCCUCUCCGACACUGUCAACCUCUCUCUCACGCAAGACACGCCAGUCGUUGUUGAAUACCCCAUCGCACAGCACGGCUAUCUUCGUUUCUACCUUGCACCCAAGAUUGAGGAGGAGAAUUAACUUAUUAGUUCAUCGUUUUAGCUUAGGUGAACAAUUGUACAAAAUUUGAUAUUCGAGUAUAACACAAAAGUAGAUAUUGUUAAUGUUUUUUGGGCAGACACCUGUGAGUAGACGGUUGGAAUUAAAAUGCCACCUGCUUGUAGGUCACAUUGUGCGGUUCAAAACUUUCCAUUAAUGAACAGUCGUUAUAUGGAGUGCACACUUUGAAAAAGAUCCAUUUUCUGUGUACAAAUUGUCCAGAUUCCUUAAGCCCUAUUUAUAUUUGACUGUUCCAAUAAAAAGCUCAAAAACAUAAGGUAAUACAGCCAAAAACAUGGGAUAUUGUAAAUAUUAAAGUGCUGGUUGUUUCUCUUGUGUUGUAAUAUCAUAUUUCCCCAUAAGCAUAAAGGAAGACAGAAAAACAAGAUGUACUUAUCAAGGCUUUAAUAACAUCUUCACUAAUCGUUGAUUCAUUUACUGGAUAUAGAAGCAUACGUAAGUGAUCAACACAAAGUUAUUCAUAAAUAAUGUGUUCUUACACGACAACUUUAACUGGUUACUUCAGUGAGUUUGUUUCAUAACAAGCCAAAAAAGACACUCCAGUUUUAAAAAUGAGUUGAUCCAUAUUCUUAAUUAGGCUUAAGUUCUUCCUCCAUGGGCUUUAGCUACCUACAUCAUGUAAAUGAUGGUCAGUUUGCACGUACAUGUACACUUAAUGGUGUAUUUCAGGUUGUCACAGAAGUGAAUAAAAACAUAAGAUUAUACUGUCCAAAUAAGCAAA